AUUCUGAUUGCUGUCAGUUAAAGUGUCAAGUAAAGUCAGUCAAAAAUGGCUGACGCCUUCUCGUUAGUCCGUAAACAAGAUUUGCCCCCUCCGGGGGGCUAUAAACCCAUCCCUUUCAAAAGAAUACCCGCAAAAACAUACUUCAGCGGGUAUGCAAUGUUUGCGGGCUAUAUCGGCAUCACAGCCGCCGCCAUGUAUCUCUACAGCAUUAACUAUAAACAAAUUAAGAAGGAUCAGAUUGAGAUGCGCUCAGCCAAGAUGGCUAUCUACCCAAUGUUGCUGGCGGAGAGGGACAGGGCAUACCUGAAGCAGCUCCGUAAGAACCGUGACGUUGAGACUGAACUCAUGAAGAAUGUGCCUGGAUGGCAGGUCGGCACCUACUUUGGUGAGAAGGUAUACAAACUCCUUCCCGAAGACACCUUGGUUGACACCAUCUUCCAUGAGUACUACGCUCACAGCAGCUCUCGCGAUUGGCACCAGCGCGCAUACCUCAAGCUGCGCUCUUAAACAUAGAGGCAAAGGCAAGGUGUUGGAGUCCAAACCUAGUGAAUACAUCAUUUAUGUGAAUUGUUAUUUACCUCUGCUUGUGAACAAAGUGCGGUACUGUGUAUUUAGGAGAUUUAAAUUAAUAAA